AUGUUGACACCCCCCCUCCUGCGUCGCCGCCCCAGCGCUCCGCUCCGCCGCCUGCGCCCGCGCGACGGCGUCGACCGCGAGGAUCACCGCGUGGUGCAGCGGGUGGACGUGCCGCAUGUCGCGCGCCGAGGCCACGACCUCUCCGGAGCCCGGAUCCACAAUCACGCACGAGUUCGUCGCUGCUCCGCCGUCGCUCGGCGCCGAGGCGCGGUCGAGCGCGUGCUGCAUGUUCGCGCGCAUGACGGCCGCCUCCACCUCGUCGAUCUGCGAGCCACGGGCGGAGACAGCGCGCCGUUCUGGCCCCGCCACGCGUGA